UCGAUGAUGUAACGUGUUUGAUCCGUUCAUCCCGGUACUGAGAUUUUCGCACGUGUGUGAAAUUGUCGGUUAGUUUGUUGUGAAAAAUCUGCCCAUUAACAGAAAAUAUUUGAAAAGUGGCUUUUGUAAAUCACCGUAACCAUGAAUUCCUCCGCAAGCAUGGAUACCACGCAGGGCUCGAACUGCUCCGGAAGCUCGAUAAUGGAAUCCUUCCUACAGGAAGCUCAACAACAAACGAACGAUCAGCCAAUUCCGGAACCUCCGGAGGUGACACCUCCUGCAGUUGCUCAAAACCCACAUGCCGGUUUCGAUCCUCACGCUGGGACUAACUGGCUGUAUCCGAUCGAUUACACCAGUUCCGAUUAUUUGCCGUUAAUAGCUGAAAAGUGCCUCUACCAUAAUUCCUUGGUUAUCCUUCCAAACAAGACGGAGAAGACGUUCAUAACUGCAAUUACGAUGUAUAAUAUCUACCGUUGGUACCCGCUAGGAAAGGUGAUUUAUGUGGCCCCCAAGAGGCCAUUAAUUGACGAUCAAAAGUUUGCGUGCGAACAGUAUAUGAAGUUCCUGCCAACGGAUGUUGUGGACAUGCAGAUGAAGCCACAUGACCGUACCCGGAUGUGGAUGGCAAAGCGGGUAUUUUUUAUUUCAUCCACAAUGAUGCUGAUGGACAUCAAUCGGGCAGCCCCGGAUAUCCCGCAAGUGAUGGACAAGGUUAAAUUGAUAGUUAUCGAUGAUCCACAGCUGGAGCACAGAGUGCACACAAAGAUUAUUCAAAAGUUUCUAGAGUUUACUAAGAACUUUCGAGUACUGUGCGUUUCGAUGACCUCCGGUAAAACUGUGGAGGCAAGUUUGCUCAAAACAUGGUUGAUUUCCAACAUCGAAUUGCAAUGGGGUAAUCCGCACGAGACGCCGGAGGAUUGGUUGAUGAACAAGAAGGAAAUCAGCAACAUCUGGACGCCACUGGGACUGUCACUGUUGGCACUGCUGGAGGAGUUCAAACAGGUGGCUCGACCAUUUUUGCAAAAACUAGUCACGGCCAAAUUGUUUUCCUGCGGUACGGACUUUGAUCACAUUACCGUGGAAAACGUCCAACGCGAGAGGGCCCGCUACGAGCAGGGUAUUCUGACAGGAAUCAUGCGUAAGGACCAUCACGACGUGAUGAUGAACUUUCACGUGACGCAACGACUACUGGAGGCGUACCACAUUCUGGAGCGGGAGGGAAUCGUGGCCGUGUUGGAGUACUUUCAUCGCGCCAACGACAUACUGGUGCAGGCCGACCAGAACAUGGUGGCCUUCCUGAAUAAGCUCCGGUCGGGAGUUUACAAUACGCCGCAUCCCAAGUUCCGCACGCUGGAGAACUUUCUGAAGGAAUUUUAUCAGAGAAGAAAUGAUGCAAAUAUCUUGAUCGUGGUGGAGCGUUUGGAUGCUGCGGUGGUUAUCCUUCAAAUCCUCCGUCAAGUCCCAGAGUCGAAGCCCAAAAUGAUUGUUGACUCUAACUUUGCUCAUGACGUACAACAGUUCCGGAAUGGUGAAUACAAUACGCUGAUUGUAACGAUCGAGGUCGAACCGGUUCUGGUUCUCGGUAAAGUCGAUCUAAUUGUUUUAUUCAACAUGACGUCUCACCCUAGAGAAUUCCUGGCGCACAUUGCUCGGACACGCGGUGCGGAUCCUGGAGCGAUUGUGACUUUCACAACCGAAGGCGCCGAACAGCUGGAAAUUACGGAUAUUAUUAACACCCGACGCCUAUACUAUUUUGAGAACCGCAACAUACUCCCGAUCGGCGUAGACUUGUCCAACAAGAUGAUGCAAUGUUCGCCGGGGUUGAUUCCACCCGGCUUCCAACCGAAGGGCCGCAAGAUUUUCUUCAACAUCCCAACUGUCAGCGUGGCGGCGGCGCCGCAAGACCAGCCGGGAACCAGCAGCGGCAGCAGCAACGGCUGCAAUGGCACCAAAGUGGAGCCGAUCAGCCCCGCAUCAUCGCCAGGGGUUGGCGCAAGUCAAAAGCGUAAAAUCGUGGAGGUUCUUGCCGACGUUCCGGCUACGUACGAUGUCACCAAUGGGCAAACCUAUUACGAGGUAAUAUCUCUGAAGCAGCAACAAUUGGAAGUUCCGCUGUCGCCGGGACCGGCUUUCAUGCCCACCUAGAUGUGGUGGCUUGUUAUUUUCUGUAAAUUUACAUACUCGAGUUGAUUUUACCGUUUUCAUAUUUUUUAUUUGUUAUUGACCAACUAGUUUCAAGGAAAAAAGCAAACGCCGUAGAUGCGUUAUAAGCUGUAAAAGACGAUACUGAUCGAAUGUAUUAUAUUUUGAGAUUGACUUUAUUAUAAGCAUAUACGAACUUCAAGAAUAAAGUAAAUUACAGUUAAAUGUU